GCCGCCUUUGCCAGAAAAUAUCCCCUGGCGGAGGAAUCACCCGUAAAAAUGGCGGAUCCUUUCGAGGUCCGGAUGCGCUUCAGCUCGCAGCUUCAGCAUCUGAACGCCUCUGUUGCUUCGGCGCAGAAAGCGGCACAAUAUGCCCUCAAAUACAAGGACAUGGACGAGGACCUGCACUCAUGUAUCCUGGAGCAGGUUGAGCGGGUAAGUGAGAGGGCGGACUGUUCUCAGAAUAACAUGAACACUCGUGCCAAUAUCAUGUACUUCAUUGAGCACUUCCUGGACCUGGCGCAGCGCGAUGGUCACUCCGACUAUAUCCGCAUGAUGCAGCGAGACAUCAUCAGAGUCGUUGAUGCUGUGGCCCCCGAUGAUGGCUCUGGGGCAGCCAAUGUCAAGGUUGUCCGCAAGGUUUUGAUAGGGCUUCAGAAUAAGGGCUUUCUGGAGCACCAGGCCGUUAUCCAAAUUGAGGACGUUAUCAAGGAGAGGGGGACAAACGAUGAUGAUUUGGGGCUCGAUUCUCCCAACGGCGAUGUUGAAAUGUCAGACGCCCCGGCUUCUGAGUCGAAAUCCCGGCGGCGGCCCACGACUCACGGUCUUGAUAAGCGCCAGGUUGAACAGCGCAUUGAAGAGGACCGUGAACGACAUAAGCGCGAGCGUGAGAGAAUCUGGGCUGUACCCAAAGGAGAGGAUGCCGAGAUGAACAAGCUCUGGGAAGAGACGAGCGAUUUUGGUGACGACGAUGACCGGCUGCUCACUGAAGAGGGAGAUGAUUUCACCAAAGAGAUGGAGAUGCAGCAGUGUCAGCACCUGCAGACGACGAAUGGCAACCACCAUUAGUUUCCGGUUCUUGGACGUUGGUAUAGUAUAUAUAGCAUUGGGCGGCGUUAUGUUGUUAGGGUGUAUCGCAUCGAAGGAUUGAACUCGCAUGUAGUCGCACGAAGCAUUGAGAUACCCAAGUAUUUUUCGAAAUAUAAUUGUUGGAAAA